AAAAAGAUUAUGGGAAAGACAAAAAGAAAGAAAGAUUGGGCAAGACAGAGAGAGAGAGAGAGAGAUUGAGAUUGAAAAGAAAGACAAAGAGAGAGUGAAGGGUUUGGCUUUAUAUGUGUUCUAUCCACAAAGAAGAGUCUAAAGAUUCUCUCUGUAAUAACCGGAAAAUCCAAUUUUUGUGGUUUGAAAUCAAAUGGAACCCCACUCUUACCUCUCUGUUUUUUGUCUUUUUCUUAAGCCUUUGUUUCUUCAGCCUUGUGUGUAUCAUCUUCCUCAGACCAAACUGAAAUUUCUGUGCCAAGUUUAUUUUGUGUGCUAUGCAGACAUUACCAAGCUCAGAAACCGUUCUUUUGGGCUCCAACUCUGCACCACCUGUGCUACGUAAUCCCGGCGGUGAUGACGUGGACAUCGAUUUCGGUGACGUGUUUGGUGGUCCUCCUAAGAGACGCUCUAAAGUUACUAAUAGUAACCAAGUCACGCGACAUAGCUUCAGUGAAUCCGCUCUCAGGCGUCGUGACGUCAUCGUCGACGUCGGCUCUCUGAUUCCUCAAGACGAGAAGCCUGUUUUCGGCGAAGAGACAUCCGUCCGGCGUCGUUUCACUACUGAUGAUUUCUUCGACGAUAUUUUCAGAGUUAAUGAAUCAUCUUCAUCAUCACUUCCGGGUUCUCGGAUCCUAAGCCCGGCUCACAAACCAGAAUCUUCAGGGACUUCGUCUCCUGCACAAUUCAGUCUUCCUGCAAAAGCAACAGAGAUUCCUACAUUUGGUUUAGCUACUCGUAGUUUGAGCAAGAACAAAGAAACUGUUUCGAGCUCUCCUUUGUCAAGAACUUCAAGCAAAGCCGAUAUGGUCUCUACUGCUAAAUCAUAUUCAGAUGAUUGUGAUGAUCCUGCACGAGUUGUUGUUACUGGCAAAGGCAGGCAGUUUCAUUUCUCUAUUUACAAGUGGCCUAAUAAAGGUGUUCCUGUUGUUAUUUGGGGAAGCUCUAGACUAAGUUCUAUGUCUAAAGCUGAGGGGACAACGCCGGUGACAUUGGGUGAUCAUCUAAAAACUUCAGUUGAGAAAGCGGGUGAAAAUGAAGAAGGAGAAAGUGGUUUGAAAGAGGAGAAGAAGACCUCGCUAAAUCGUCCUCAUGUUCAGACAAAAGAAGAGAAAACAGAAAUCGAUUCGGUGUCUGAAAAAGCCUUCUUUGGUGUGUCAAAAGCACGUGAGGCUAAUGUGAAGCCUCUUUAUUCAAUUGAUUCGAUGUCUGAACAGGCCUUCUCUGGUGUGUCAAAAGCUCAUGAAGCUACUACUGUGAAGUCUCUUCAUUCAAUUUUGCAUGAAAACGAUGAAAGACAAGGUGAGAAAAUAGUAUCAGAGAGAGAAGUGAGAAAAGGUAAAAGCAAAGCGAAGAACACGCAAAGUUUUACUGAAGAUUCAAGAACAAAAAAGAAACCACAAGGCACUAAAAAUUCUUUGGAUAGUAGCCCGAGACCCGAUAAAUCCAGCUUCGCAAGUUCAUCCGCAGCAGCAGAAGUUGGCAAAGAUGGAGUCAAAGGAAAAGUGAGUGACUUUGUUAAGAUUUUCAGUAAAGGAGCUUCAGUUGGAGCAGGUGGGGAAUCUCUUGGACAAAGCUCUAGAUGGAGAGCUAAAGAAACUCCCAAGACUGAUAUCAAUCAUGAUGCUGCUAAUGCCAAAGAUACUGUAAACAUUCCUGAUCAACAAAAGAAAUCGACUCCAGAUAUCCCCGCUAUGAAUCGGGAUUCGAAACCUUCACACGCAACUCAGAAAAAGGAUUCAGACCGGGAGAGCAUGAACUAUAAGGCUCCUGGUGUUACUGUACAAGAAGAGAGACAAGAACCGAGCACAACACAUACUACCUCAGAGGAUAUAGAUGAGCCCUUCCAUGUAAAUUUCGAUGUGGAGGAUAUAACACAAGAUGAAAACAACAAAAUGGAAGAAACCAAUAAGGAUGCUGAAGAAAUCAAGAAGAUCGAUGCUAAAAUCCGCAAGUGGUCAAGUGGAAAGAGCGGAAACAUUCGGUCUCUUCUAUCCACGCUGCAAUAUAUUCUUUGGUCCGGGAGCGGGUGGAAGCCAGUUCCUCUAAUGGAUAUGAUCGAAGGAAACGCGGUCCGAAAAUCGUACCAGAGGGCAUUACUAAUCCUUCAUCCAGACAAACUACAGCAAAAGGGUGCUUCUGCAAACCAGAAAUACAUGGCCGAGAAAGUUUUCGAAUUUUUACAGGAAGCAUGGGACCACUUCAACACUCUCGGACCGGUUUAAAGGAAGACAACGAGUCUUUAGUCUUUUAGUUCUUACACAAAGGCUAUGUACAGAGAUACGGUUCUGAAUCAAAAGAUGUUGCAGAAUUUUAGUUGUCACAGGUAUACUUACAUCAAUUUUUUGUUGGUUUGUUGAGAGAUCUAUGAAUCUAUCUGAUAUAUCAUCAUAAAAGGCUUUCAUUAAGUA